AUGAAAGCAUCCCGACUCUCGCAAGAAGACCGAAGGAAGAAAUCAAACAACUCUUUAUUUCAAGAGAAGUUCAAAGAAAAAAUUAGCAUUGUAAAUAAGGAUGGAACGACUACAAAAGUAACAACAGGAGAAAUUGAGAAGAUUAAUACAACAAAACAAAACACAGCAAAUUCAUCAAACUCAUCAAAAUAUUCUUCACGAGUUUCAAGUUCAAAAACGUCUCUAACUGAAAAAUUAGAAAACAUAACCUCUCCCUUUAAACCCUUGUACAAAAUACCAAAUUCACCCACAGUUCAACAACCAAAAAUUGCAACAGGAUCUGUUGAAGAGACACAUGUUCUGGUUUUAAGUCACUCUCAGGAUGAUAUGUCGAAUCCUCCAUCAACCGGCGAACUAUCUGACUACAGAAAAGAUCAAGAUAAUAAUAAUAGAACAGAAACCCCUUCGUCAUAUUAUUCUUCAAGAGAGAGCACAGCAUCUUCAAGUCGAAGAAGGAAAAAACCAAUUAUCACAGCCAAACAAUUUCAAUCAAUGAUUGGAGAGAUGAAAAAACAAAAUAUUACAUUAGAUAGUAGCAAUAACGAAAUUACUCUCACAGGGUUGAAGAAAGUUCAACCAUUACCAAUUGAAAAUUUGUGUACCUUUGAAAACAAUAGUUGUGACAUCUCUGAUAUUGGAAGUCCUAUUUCUUCCCAUCCUUCGUUGAGAAAUAAUUCAUACUCAGCAAUUCAUGGAAUAUCUACAAAGAAAGACGACGACGAUUUUGAAGAACAAAACCAUCACCAAUCUAACGGUUAUGCAACAAAGCAAAAAAGAGAAAUUACCUACAAACCCUAUAGCUUAGAAGAUUACAACAAAAUCCAAAAACAGGGUUAUAUCAAACUUGGAGGCCUGGGAGCAGAUUUACAUAAUGAAAAGCUUAUUGAAAAAAAAGAAAAGAUCAAUAAGAUCAAAGAAUAUGCAAAAGAGAUUGCUCAAAUUAACAACAGCAAAAUUUCCAAACAAAAAGCAGAGGGAAAACCCCCAUUUAAGUCAAAAACUCCCGAAGAACCCUCCUCCAGAGAAAAAGCAAAAGAAUUCGCGUCGAAAAUUCCAAAACCAAAGUCAAAGCGUCAAUCGCAGAGAGCUGAGAAGGAAAAUGACGAGCCUCAACCUCUUACAGAGCUCGAAAUGCUCGAACUGCAACAUGAAAAAGACAGAGAAUGGCUUAAAAAAGAGUUUUCAAUUCGAUAA